AUGAACGGUGUCCAAACCAAAACCAUUCCUGGAGUCCCAAAAACUAUCCUUGGUGGCCACCCUACAGCCCAGACUCGAUGCACAACCCCUCUGAAGUAUUCUGGUACCCUAGAUCACUAUGAUUUCAAAGAUAUCACUCCUGCUAUCGGGCGGGAAUAUGAAGGUCUUCAAGCGCGGGCCCUUCUGAAUUCCCCGAACCGCCAUCAGCGCAUUAAAGAUCUUGCUACUACUAUCUCACAGCGCGGCGUUGUCUUUCUUCGUAACCAGGAUAUUACCCCAACGGAAAUGCGAGAACUGAGCGAAAUCAUAACAUCUGUCGCCGGUUGCCCCGAAUCAUCCGGUCUACAUAUCCAUCCCUUGACAGAAGAAACAUCUGAACUCGGUGACCAAAUCAGUGUCAUCUCCUCCGAAAAGCAGGCCAAGGGUGGUGGUCUGACGCAUCAACUGAGUGACACAUCUCGCUACGCCUCCGUCGGGUGGCAUGCGGACAUCACAUUUGAGCCGGUUCCGUCUGACUAUGCCAUGCUCAAGAUACACACGCUACCACCUACAGGCGGCGACACUCUCUGGGCAUCCGGAUACGAAAUUUACGAUCGGCUGUCACCUGCAAUGCAGACCUUUCUCGAAGGUCUCACUGCUACACACGAUGCCAAAUUCUUUCUAGAGGAGGCUGAGCGGUUGGGCAAUCCCUUACGAAAAGGCCUCCGAGGCCAUCCACUGAACCAAGGCGACGGACUGACGGCUACACAUCCUGUCAUCCGCACAAAUCCCGUAACGGGCUGGAAGAGUGUUUUUGUCAACAAGGGCUUCACAAGGCGGAUCAACGGCGUGACAAGGGAUGAGAGCGACUUGCUUCUUAAAUACCUAUUUGAUCUAAUCGUCCAUAACCACGAUGCCCAAGUUCGGUUCAAAUGGAACAAAAAUGACCUGGCUAUCUGGGACAAUCGCAGUAAUUGGCACUGUGCGACGUACGACUAUGCUGGGGCUAGGGCUGGAGAUUGA